AUUCUCCACCAAUUGGAUGCUCGCUCCUCUGGCCUCUCUCACAAUUCAUAGCUUCUAUCCACAUACGGGAGUAGGUGCCCAGCAUUGCAAAGUCAUCAAGAAAACUUGCUUCCUCUAAUGACGAUCUCUUGUUUGCAACCUCGAUGCAUAGUGCCCUGUUCUUUACUCCCUGUUUCCUUUAUGGGUUCUUCUUCUUUCUUGCAAAACCACCGAAAAGAUUUGUGUAUAGUUAAAGAUUUGAGGUGCUGGAAAGGAGGAAGACUUGGUGGAAAGAAGGGAGGAGGGAUUGUGUGUGCUGCGUCGUUGCUACCGGUUGAUCCAUGGGCACCCACCAUUGAUUCACAGAGCAUUGCUUCUCAGCUCUUUGCGUUUUCUUUGUUUCCUUACAUUGGCUUCUUGUACUUCAUUACCAAAUCCAAGUCUGCUCCUAAGCUCACUCUAUUCGGCUUCUACUUCUUGCUUGCUUUUGUGGGGGCUACCAUCCCAGCUGGAAUUUAUGCUAAGGUGCGGUAUGGAACUUCCUUGUCUAAUGUGGAUUGGUUACAUGGGGGAGCUGAGUCGCUUCUCACUCUAACCAACUUAUUCAUUGUCUUGGGGCUGAGACAAGCUCUCAGGAAUAAUACAAGAGAUACCCAAAAAGGAACAUCAGAUCUUGUUCCGGCAAUCAAAGAGGAAGAGAAGUCUUCAAUCUAGAUGGAAGUUAGAUGGCAUAUACUUUCUGGAGUUGCUGGCUUUCUUGUGCUUUGCUCCUGAGUGUCAUCACCUCUUAAUUAACCACAAGUAUAUAGGCAUCCAGUCCUAGCUUCUUACCGAGUGCUUGAGAUAUUGGAUCAUUAUAAAGAACCUUUGAAGGGAUAGGCCACUUCCAACUUGGAAUUAUGUAUAUCAUUUAUUUUUCUGCAUAAUCAUUCUUGUUUAGUUGUUGGAAGGGAAACCUAUUUAUCCUUUUUCUUUUUUUCCUUUUCAUUUCUCCUGGUGUCUGGACCAGUUUGCAUGAUUUCCUAAUAACAGUUGUUGUAGAAUGUCAGUCGAUAUCUUGUCCAUCAGAGAGAAUGCUUAUGCUUGUAUGCUAAAUUGAUAAAGUGCUUACUUCCAUAUAAUAAAGUGAUGAAUAGAUUUUGAUGUCUGCCUA